AUGGGUUCUCUCAACACAGUGUUCCCAGGCCUGCCUCCUCGGUUCGAGCCUCACAUCACCAUCUCCACCAACUUGGCAGUGGACUUGGCCAAUCCCAAAGACGAUGUUAACAAGAUCCUCUCUCUGUGUGCUGCAGCACUUUCGCUGCUUCCGAAAGCUGCCAAUCAUGAACACUGGAUCCGCUUGGGCCGGGUGAACAGCCAGAGGAAGUACUUCCAGAAACUCUACUUCCAGGUACUUGACGAGCCAACGCUUUUCUCGUUUGCACGUAUCGUGCAAGAGCUCUUUGUCUUGUUACCAGCAAAGACAGACGCUGAACAUAAACAGAAGAACCCACACUUGUAUCAUAAAGACCACAGCGGGAACCUUGUGAGACGAAAACCUCUGACCAAGUCCAAGGAGCCAGCACGUGAAGUGGAAGUGGACGUGGGAAAGCUCCAGCGGGAACUGGCCCAGGAGGCUGCCGCUUGGGCUGUGGGUGAAUACAACCCACACCUUUCUCUUGUCUACAGUGAUCUUUACCCCAUUGACAAUGCCUUGUGGCAUACUAUUCGCCUGCGUGUGCUGGACUACUUGGGUAUUGACAAUUGUGACCUGGACUCAUGGAAUGAGGAGGGUAACGGUCUUUCCUGGGACGGUGGAGUGUUGAAGUUGGUGCUCUGUGAGGGCGACGUCAACGAGUGGGUUGUACUUGGUUCUGUGGAUGUUUAA